UUCAAAAUUUCAAAAAUUCAUCCUUCAUCAUCCCGCUCCUUUCACUCCCAUCUUCAUAGAUCAAACUAUCACACACUUCUGAACAACCAGCGAAACAUUAUUCUAGAGAGAGAAACAGAUCCAAUAUAUAUAUAUUCUAGAGAGAGAAACCAGCGAAACCGGCAUCCGAUCGAACCAACAAAGCUGCAAAAACACAUUUCAUAACCUAAACAUGUCCGGUCGCCAUGAUAAAGGCGUCAAUGUGCAAGUGCUUCUACGUUGCAGACCGUUUAGUAACGACGAGUUGAAGAACAACGCACCUCAGGUGGUGACAUGUGAUGAGUAUCAGAGAGAAGUUGCCGUUUCUCAGAACAUUGCUGGAAAGCAAAUUGAUAGGGUUUUCACUUUUGACAAGGUUUUCGGUCCUACAGCUCAACAAAAAGAUCUAUAUGAACAAGCUGUUAUUCCCAUUGUUAACGAAGUUUUAGAAGGAUUCAACUGCACCAUAUUUGCUUAUGGACAGACAGGCACCGGAAAAACAUUCACUAUGGAAGGAGAAUGCAAGAGGUCCAAGAGUGGGCCAAAAGGAGAGUUGCCAUCAGGUGCAGGCGUAAUACCAAGAUCUGUGAAACAGAUAUUUGACACGUUGGAGGGUCAGAACGCUGAGUACAGUGUUAAAGUAACAUUUUUAGAGCUUUAUAACGAGGAAAUCACCGAUUUGCUUGCUCCUGAAGAAAUAUCGAAAUUUGGUAUGGAAGAUAAACAGAAAAAACUCUUGCCUUUAAUGGAAGAUGGUAAAGGUGGAGUUCUUGUGAGAGGUUUAGAAGAAGAGAUCGUAACAAGUGCCAGUGAAAUAUUUACCUUACUUGAGAGGGGGUCUGCUAAACGUCGAACUGCAGAGACUUUAUUAAAUAAACAAUCAAGUCGGUCACACUCACUUUUUUCAAUCACAAUACACAUUAAAGAGUCAACCCCAGAAGGUGAGGAGCUUAUCAAAUGCGGUAAGCUAAAUCUGGUUGAUUUAGCUGGUUCGGAAAACAUUUCUCGUUCAGGUGCAAGGGAGGGUCGUGCAAGAGAAGCUGGAGAAAUCAAUAAAAGCUUACUUACGCUGGGCCGAGUAAUAAAUGCUCUAGUGGAACAUCUAGGACACAUACCUUAUAGGGAUAGUAAACUGACUCGUCUACUUCGCGACUCAUUGGGUGGAAGGACCAAAACAUGUAUCAUUGCCACUGUAUCCCCUGCAGUUCAUUGUCUUGAAGAGACUUUAAGCACGUUAGAUUAUGCCCACAGGGCAAAGAACAUAAAGAACAAGCCAGAGGUAAAUCAGAAGAUGAUGAAAACAACUUUAAUCAAGGAUCUUUAUGGUGAAAUUGAAAGACUCAAAGCUGAGGUUUAUGCUUCACGUGAAAAAAACGGCGUUUAUUUACCAAAAGAGCGAUAUGACCAAGAGGAAAUGGAACGAAAGUCAAUGGCAGAUCAAAUUGAGAAAAUGGGAAUCAAGAUAGAAAACCAACAAAAGCAAUUUGAGGAAUUGCAAACUCAAUUUAACGCCAAAGUAGAAGAGUGCUCUGAUUUGAGCUGCAAACUUGAAUUUACACAGACCACAUUGAACCAAACCAAUAAGGUGUUGGCUAAUACCGAGGAAACGCUGAAGAAGUGUGAGUAUGCUCUCAAGGAGCGAGAUUUCAUCAUACAAGAACAGAAAAAAGCAGAAAAUGCAUUGGCUCAUCAAGCAUGUGUUCUUCGGGCUGACUUAGAAAAAUCUCUUCAGGACAAUGCAUCAUUGUUUUCGAAAAUUGCAAGGGAGGAUACUCUGAAUGCUUGUAAUAGAUCAGUCGUAAAUAAGUUUGAAGCUGAGCUGGCACAAGAUGUCGGCUCUCUUUGCAACAUGGUGGCUGCAUCUGUUACCCAGCAAAACGAUCAACUUCAAUGCGUCGAGAAGUUUUGUGACACUCUUAUCAACAUUAACGAUAAGGCCAUCUCUGACUUAAAGAAAAAAGUAACUGCUUCAAGGAAUUUGUAUAUUUCUCAUGUUGAAGACAUGGAAAAUGUUGUACGUUUGCACAAAGCGAGUGCUAAUGGAAGUUUGGAAGAUAUUUCAACCAAGGCCUCUUAUAAUGCUCGUUGUGUUGAAGAACUAUUGACUGAAGAAGCUGCAAAAGGACAAUCUAUAUUCGAUGAGCUACAAGGCGUUAUAUCAACUCAACAAGGAGAGAUUGUGUCUUUUGCCAGAGAGCUUAGAAAGAGAUUUGACGAUAGCAUCCAUCAUACAACAAAUAUAUCCGAGUUCAUUAACGGUAUAUUUGAUAAGCUAACGGAAGAAUCAAAAGAGCUAGGAAAUCACGCUAAUCACGUUGACGAGAUACAGACAAAGAAUAUCGAUGACUUUCAGAAGGCGUACGAGGAGCAAACAAGAUCUGACGCACAGAAGCUUAUCGCUGAUGUCACAAAUUUAGUCUCGAGUCAUAUGUGUAGGCAAAUAGAGAUGGUGGAUGCACGUUUAGCCGGUAUAAGAGAAACUGCUGCUGGUAACAAGACCGUUUUAGAUGGGCAUGUUUCUUCAAUCGAGGGAAUUACAAUGGAUGCUAAACGAAAAUGGCAAGAAUUUUCUUUACAAGCGGAAAAUGAUGCAAAAGACAGUGCUGACUUUUCGGCUGCUAAACAUUGCCGAUUUGAGUUAUUGUUACAAAAAUGCGUUGAAACUACCGAUAUGGCGAUGAAUCAUUGCAAAAAGACACAUGAAUCGGUGACUAACGUGGGUAAAGAACAUGUCUUAGCAAUUGACGAACUUGUCAGAAUUGCUUCGGAGAACAAUGAGCUUCAUGAUGCCGAGGUCGGUUCUGCACGGAGAACCGCGGAAGAGGAUGCUUUAAAGAACAGCGAGGACAUCAUCAAAUACAUGGAGGGUAUAUCACAAAAGGAGCAAGAGGCUGUUCACGGAAUUUUGGAAACCACAAAAGCACAAACCGUGUUUCUUGAAUUUUUACAAAACGACCACUCUACACAGUCUGAUGAGAUACAACAGAAGGCACAUGAUACUUUCCAGCAGAAGUAUAUGGAUUAUGAACCAUCUGGUAAUACUCCCGUAAGAUGUGACACUGCUGUUCCAAGUAAGGUUACCAUAGAGUCGCUUCGGGCAAUGCCGAUGGAAACCCUAUUGGAGGAAUUCAGGGAAAACCAUUCAUUCGAGUUAUUUGAAGUUAAGGACGGCAAGAUUACUCCUGCUUCUCGAUCACCUCUCGCAGAAAUAAACUAAACAGCAUAGUGUUAUGAAUUGUUUUGGUGUCUUUGUACUUGUUACUAUGUAUAUUGUGAAAAUUGAAGAGAUAGUAUGAUAGAUGGAUCAUAUCAGAUAAUCCCUGCUUGGGAUUUACUGUUCUGUUUUCACCAAUGUAGUAGAGGGGUUUUAUUUUUGAAUUACGUUUCAUUGUAUGAUUUUUCUUCACUUGAAGAGAAGAUUUCUAUCAUUUGGAUAUUGACUU